GUCACUCCAGAUAUUUUGUAUAUUUGGACGUGAUUAAACGUGCUUUUGAUGCCCAACAUUGGCACAAACGCUUCGCAGUCACAAAUCGUAUUUACAUGUAAUUAAAAUUAAAGACAAUUCGUUAAUUUGUGUAUUAAAAAGUAGAAAAAGACAGAAAAAAGAUGUCGGGUGACGUACAGCCAAGAAAACGUAAAGACAAAUCCAAAAAAAGAAAAGACGAAGAUGAGCCGGUGUCAAUUAGGGAGAAAAGAUCAUCUUCCGAACAUUCUCCUGACAUUCAAAUGCACAUUGAGAAAGAAAGUGAAACGGGAGGACAUUGGUGUGCAAAAAUCGUUUUUUUCUUCCUGUUGUCCAUUUUGAUUGGAUUGGUUGCUUUGAUUAUUAUUGAAAAUCGUGGAUUAACAGAAAUCGCACAACCUCAAGGCGAAUCUCGUUUUUCAGAAUACUUUGAAGGAUGGAUUGAAGAGCCUAAAGAUCAUGAAGAGGAUGAACAUCAUGUCACGGAAAGCUUACACGACGUAGAUGAUAAUGACCACGACAACGAACAAGAUGAAACGACAGUUUACGAAGAGGAAAAUUUAUCCCAACAAGAUAAUGAUUUAGAAGAAAGUCAAGAUCCUGUUUCUCAAGAAAAUGAAAUUGAUGAUCAGGAGGACAAUACUCCUGAAAAUGAUCAAAACAGUCAAGAAGAAGCUUCUGAAAAUGACAACGACAAUGACAAUGAUAUUGAUGAGACUAACAACAGUCAAGAAUAUGAUACUCCUGAGCAAUUUGAAGAUGAAAAUGAUGAAAAUGUUAGCAAAGCACAAGAACUUCAGUUAGAUGACGGAGAUUUGCCUUUUGAUGAGGAUACAACAGCAGAUUCUGCUGAACAAUUUUUCGACAAUGACGCAGGAGAAGAGCUUUAUGUUAAACGCAUGAGUGAAGAAAAAUUGGCAAAGUCAAAAGAAGCUGAAGCAAAAUCAGCUGAGCAAGACGAACCUCGUGGAUUAUCAUCAGAAACGUUCGAUAACAAUUUUGACCUUUUUGAAGAUGAUUUAAACGAAGCCAACGAUCAACUUGAUAAUAAUCCAAAAAAGGCCCUAAAACUGUUCGAAAAACUACUCAAAUAUCGACCAAAACAUCAGAGUGCUUUGAUUGGAAAAGCAAAUGCUUUGGAAAAAUUAGCCAAAAUAUACAAGGACAAUAGUUUGUUACGUGAAGCCAUUCACAUUUACGAGAGGUUGUUGUUAGACAAAAGUAUGGUAAUUCAAGAUGCAAAGUUGUUUGAAAACGUUGCCGUUGUUUGUGUCGAUCGAAUGACGUUUUUAGGCAACUUUAAUCGAGCUAUCGAAGUGCAAAAAGUUCUUGUCGAAAGAAUUCCCGAUAAUGUUAAUCAUAGAAAUCAGUUGGCUAUCAUUUAUUUGAUGAUCAAUCGGCUUUCCGAAGCAAAACACAUUUUACACGAAACUUUACUCAAAUUUCGUCAUAACGGAGUAGCGCUUGUUCAUUAUGGGUUUGUUCUGAAGCAACUUGAAAACGAUUUGGAGCAUGCUGUUAUUUUUCUUAAAGAAGGCAUUGAGUCCGGCGAAAAUGGCACACAAGAAGGUCUCUUCUUCAUGAAUUUGGGCGACGCGUUGACACGAUUAGGAAGAACAAUGGAAGCUCAAGAAAUUUACGAAGAAGGCGCACGUCGUGGUUUGUUCUUGUCGGCACAACAGCGAUCUUUGUACAACGUAAAUCGUUUGAAAUCAAAGCCAUUUUGGACAGUUGAAGAAACAACAUAUUCUCGGGAAUUAAAUUUGUUGCAAAAACAUUGGAGCAACAUACUAAAAGAGGGCGAGUAUGCAUUAGAUCUAUCACUCAAUGGAUACGUCAAUGAGAGUGAAAAUCUCCGAGAACGCGGCGAUUGGAAACAAUACGAAAUUUUUGCUCGGGGUCGUCGAAAUGUUACAAAUUGUCGAAACACGCCAUUUACGUGUGAUUUAAUUGAAAAAUUUACAGCAGCAUCGGGAUGUACACGAGGUCAAGUCAAAUAUAGUAUAAUGUUACCGCAAACGCAUGUUUGGGCACACACAGGACCAACAAAUUGUCGAUUAAGAGCUCAUCUUGGUUUACGUGUACCAUUGGGAACGUAUUUGAGAGUAUCAAAUGAGACAAGAUCAUGGAAAGAAAAAGAAUGGUUGAUAUUUGAUGACAGUUAUGAACAUGAAGUGUGGCAUAAUGGAACAGCAAGACGCUUAGUUUUGAUCGUCGAUGUCUGGCAUCCAGAAUUAACUGAAGACGAAAGAAGAAGCUUAUCUGCCAUCUAGUCAUAUUAAUAAAACAUAUAAGUACAUGCUAUAUGUUCCUUAAAACAUAAAAAAUCUCGAAGAACCAAAAAAAAAUCGUUACGCGACAAACAAUGUGAUCUCUAUAAAAGUGCCUUGGAUAAAACUUAAGAUAAAUUCAAUGUAUUUUGCAUUCGUAAAACAUUUUUUAAAUCAUCUCAGAUAAUUUUUCUUAUUUAAAGAUCACAGAGCAAUGGUACAUUUCAAAACAACGAUAUAUUUAAUCUGAGGUGUGAUUAAAAAUGUUUUUCGAAUGAGAAAAGGCUUUUAUUUAAUAUGAAAGAAUUUGUUAACAUUUCAUAUUUUUAUUUAUUUUUAACAUCAUAGAACGUACAUUCAACGUACACAAAGUUUUAUUUAAAAUAC